AUGGCGACAUUAAAAUUAAAAGAACGGCAGCCUGCCGAAGAAAUUGAGAGCUGGGACGACGAUGGCGACUUCCUUCUCGACGGGGACGAUCUUAGCAGGCGCACGUCGACCAAUUUCUGCAACGCGCCCCUCCGCCGCAGAGACUCUACCUCGUCUCAUGUAUCCUUUCGAUCCGAAAUCGAGUCGAUGCAAGGAGACGAACAGCAGUUCCAUAUCCCUGGCGACGACGAAAGCUCAACCAUGGAUGCCAUCGCCGCUGCUCAGCAUGCUGGCAUCCCUCUACCCCAAAACGUGCCAACAUCGGCACUAAUGGGAGGAACCAUCAAGCGUCUAGGAGGACGCAAAAUUCAGAAAAUUAUUCAGGACGAUUGGGAACAUGAUUUGGAGCUACCCGAAUUCUCCAAGGGACUCGCCAUGAAGCCCAAGGAUUCCGUCGACUUUCCGGAUGCUCUUCGACAAGUCAGUGCUGGCUCCCUCCUGGACAGCCCAACGCGUUUUGAAAAAUCGCCACCUACAACUAUGGUGCCGUCUGCUCCCGCUCGAUUUGAACCCAUCCUAGCAGCCAAGUCUGCAACGAGCGCACUGACCUCCGCCAUCAACUUGGACAAGUUUAAAGACACCGACGACGACGACUUCUUUGGCGAGGGCCCUGCCACGGUUCGCGCCCCCAGCCUUCCAAGAGGUCGUCAACAGGCCAACCCUGUGUCUUUUAUCACACCUCCAACGCCUCAAAAGAAGGACUCCAAAAAGGCAGGCGAUGAUGAUUUUGAAAAUGAUCUGGAGCUGCCCUCAGAUGGGAAGUUGACGCUUUCAACGAGGAGGGAUAUUCCCAUCACGCCGUCGCAGGUCGACGAUCUGGACUGGGGCGAAGGCAGCCUGGGCACUCGCUGGGGCGGAACCCGACGUGAUGGACGGUCAAAUAGGAGUUCCUCUGCAUCUGCACUCAGCCCUAGCAUUUCUAGUUCGGUCACUGCGGAGAGUGAGGAUGAGACCUUUGAUGGCCUCUUGCUCCCUACUGGUCCUUUAAAUUUCCAGGAGCGACUCAAGCGUCGCAAGCACAGCCCUUCCCCAUCGAGGUUGACUGUCGAUACACAGAUUGCCAGCGCCACUACCACCCCAAACAAACCACACAUGGAACCUGAGCGUCAAGAUCCUCUUGAUGGCUUAGAUAUCGGUGAUGGCGAUGUAUUCGAGUCUGCGAAGCUUUCUCUGCACCGAAACAUCAAAAUCAAGGAGUCGCAACCCGCUAGCCCUGCGCGACCAAAGACUGCCGUCUCUUUGACAUUUACUAAUAAGUCUGGCGGUCGUAUACCACGUCUAAGUCAUGAGCGUUCACGCUCUACCGCCCUGGAGCCAGUCUCGGAAAGCGGCGGCCCUAUCCAGCAGAGAAGUCGCCGUCCUCAGUCUCGCCUCGGGCACUCUGCACAUUCAUCUGUGGUCAGCGUACCGACGCCGACGACUCUGCACGCUCCUCCUUUCCCGCCAUCUACACCGCGCCGGAGAGAAAUAACGACUAGAUCAUCAUACACCAGCCUGCGAAAUGACACUGGAUCUACAACAAACUCGCAGCUUCUACGCCAAAAGCGAUCCAUGCCUGCGGUUCGGCAAGCAAACUCUGCCAUGAAGCCCCCGACUACCCGGUCAGAUCGGCCACCAUCAAGGGAUGGUAGCCGACCACAAUCCGGUCUCCGACCCAAGACACCAGUUGAGCGCAUUCGACAGCAAGAGAGUCCGACGUCGCACUCCAAAAAGACGCCUAUGUCUUUCAUACCUGUCGGAACCGCGCAGCACACGUCACACCAGGGGGCCUCCAAAGGGAUGAGACAUUUUCGUCGAUGGGAUUCUGAGAAUGCUAUUGACACUCGCUCUAUAUCUCGAACAUUUUCACGCUCAGCUAUGCGUUCGCCUAGCCCUCAGCGAUAUAAAGUCGCCGCUGACACUUGGGAGAGGCUUAGCAAGCCCAAAAACAAGCGCAACUUUGGUGACGGUCAUGAGUUGGACGGUUUUGACGAUCUGCCCACAUCCAAGGACAUUGAGACUCGCUUUUUGCGGCAACCAAACGCGGCUGCUCUGAAGUCUGCCCCAAAAAACAAGACGUUUCAAAGUUUGAUUCCCGACCGAGGUGCUACUCCUGCACCUCAAUCGCCCGCGAGACCCAUGUCGGGCACGCCCCGUUUUGCGCGUGAUACCGCGGCAAGUCGUAUUGCUCGCGAGACAUCACUCGCAAAUCGAAUUCCUGCAAACGGCCCGCUUGCUACUAUAUCAGCGCAGCGCGGCACGAACCUGCCUCCACGACCAACUCCCAACCCGCAGCUGCCUUCGCAACAUAUAAUUCGAACAAAGAAGCCUUCUAAGCGCGUGCAACAGCAAAAGCCGCACUUGAUUGCAAACUUGAACAGUGGCAAAGAAUCCAAAACCGUCAAUGGCAUGUACUAUAAUGCCGACACUUUUCGAUGGGAGGGCAACGAGAACGUUUUAAAUGCCUUUGAUCACACUUCGACGCAAUCGCCGGUGCCAUCUCCCGCACACCUCGCGCGAGAGAAGGAUGUUACAACACCCCGCCCAGCUCUCAUCACCAAUAUCAGCUCUACCAAAGGAGUGCAAGUUGUUGGCGGCAUGGUCUUUGAUCCGCAGAACAUGUGCUGGCUCAAAAUUGGGCAGCAAACCAACCCCGUGUCAGAAGCAAGCGACACGAUGGAUGGUUUUGAUGCCCUGGACCUGGAGGAAGAAGAGGACGUCUUCAAAGACAUUCCUGAUUUGGACGACAAUGGUGCUGACGACACGCGAGGACAGGGCCGUGUCAGUGACAUCAAAGAUGAGUGGCUCGUUGGAGAAGAGUUCGAUGUUGGUCCCGAAUUUAUUAGGAGACAGCGUGAAGAGGAGGACCGUUGGAGACGAAAAUGCGAGAAGUGGAUUGGUCGUGGAUCCCGGGAUCGCGACACCUGGAGGUGGACGAUUCGCGAGCUGGUUUCGCAGUUUGAUGACCUGUCUGUCUAA